CCAACACUUCAUGCCUGUCACUAACUUUGUAUCAUAUAUAGCUAAUCAAUUGAACAGAGACCACCCUAAAGUUUAACCAGAUUCAAUGGCGACCAAUGAAGAAGAUUCAAGGCUCUCUGACAUUCAGCUAGCCUGCACAGACUUGAGAACCCUACUCAAAGCCUCUGCCUUGAUGGAACAGAAUCUGAAAAAGAUGGACUACAAGUUUAACCUCAUUGACGAAACACUAGCCUCAGCCUCAAGAAGAGUAGCUCCAUUACAGUCCAUGUCCAUGGCCUCCAGGGCCCUGGAAACCAGAAUCAACCGAGCUGUCACGCCGGCCCUUGCGCUCCUCGACAACUUCAAGCGAUCAGAGUCUAUACAGGACAAGCUUCUCGACUUGUCAUCGAAGUUGUCAAACGAGAAGAACAUGAACAAGAGGCUCAAGACGCUCAUCAAGUACGUGGACUGUGUGGAUCAGCUCAAGGCGGCGAUAAGCUCCAUAUGCGAGGAGGGCGAGCCGGUGAUCCAGAGGCUUCAGGAGGUGGUGGAGUUUCUGAGCCGGACGAAGGCGACUGAUCAGUACAGGAUCCAUCGGUUGAGGGAGACUCUGAUCACUUUGAAGGCCUUGUAUGAGACAGAGGUGGAUGCUAUGAGAUUUGAAGGGCUGCUUGAUGAGGCUUUGCUGAAUUUGCAGGAUGAGUAUGAGAAUAUAUUGCAGCAAAUAAAGCAUCAAAAUAUAGUGGAUCAAUCACAGGCUGUAGAUAAGGAUAAUGAAGGUGAUGAUCAGAUGGUGAUCACGGGUUCUAAUUUGGGCACUGAGUUGGAAAUUGAACUUCUAAGGCGGAUCUCACAAACCCUAGCUGCCGAAGAUUGUUUGGAUAUAUGCAUCGAUAUUUAUGUUAAGGUGAGAUACAGAAGAGUGGCAAAAGCACUAAUGCGGCUAAACCCAGAGUACUUAAGAACACACAGUCCGGAAGAAAUAGACGAAAUGGCUUGGGAGAAUUUAGAGACGGCCAUAACCCUUUGGAUCCAACACUUCGAACUCGCAGUGAAAGCAGUGCUGGUCUCAGAGAAGAAUUUCUGCGAACAAGUACUGGGAGGCAUAAUGGACGGGCUGGUCUGGUCAGAAUGCUUUGUAAAAAUCGCAGACAAAAUCAUGGCGGUGUUCUUCAGAUUCGGCGAAGGCGUAGCCCGGAGCAGCAAAGAGCCACAAAAACUGUUCAAGUUGCUAGACAUGUUCGAGUCAUUGGAGAAACUCAAGCCUGCAUUCUCUCAAGUCUUCGAAGGUGAAGCAGGGACUGACAUUUGCGUUCGAUUCAGAGAACUCGAGAAGCUUCUGAUUCACGCUUCGAGUAAAGUUUUCUGGGAGUUUGGGCUUCAAAUUGAAGGAAACUCAGAUGGGGUACCUCCCCCGCAAGAUGGGUCAGUCCCCAAAAUUGUAAGGUACGCUGUGAAUUACAUGAAGUACUUAGCAACAGAGGCUUACUCUGUUCCCAUGGCCAGAGUCCUCAGAACAGAGCAGAUUUGGAAAGCUGGGAUUCUGUCCAGACCCGAAUCCGACGAGAAUCUUCUCAGAGAUGCCGUUUCCCACAUCAUGGAAGCUCUGCAGAGGAAUGUAGAAGCGAAACAGUCGGGUUAUCGGGUCGAUAAGUUGGCUCUGCCCCAUGUUUUUGCAAUGAACACGUACUGGUAUAUUUACAUGAGGACCAAAAACACAGAGCUAGGGAAGCUCGUGGGAGACCAAUACAUGAAGAAAAAUUACAAAGUAAUAGCAGAGGAAUCGGCUUACAUGUAUCAGAAGAUAGUGUGGGUUCCUCUGGUUAGGGUUUUGGAGAAAGAUGAUGAUUUGGAGCUGGAGAGCAAGGAAGCAAUGGUGGGAAUGGUUAGAGCGAAAAUGGAGGCGUUUAUGAAGGGCUUGGAUGAUGUAUCAAAGAGGCACAAAGGGUACUAUAGUAUUCCUGACGAAGAUUUGAGGGAGCAGAUUAGAUUGGCGACGGUGAAGCUUGUGGUUCCAGCCUACAGUAAGUUCUUGGACUCGUUCUCGGUUUCAUUGCCGGGGAAGUCGUCGUAUUUGAGCCCUGAGUCAGUUCAGCAGUUGCUGUGUCAGAUAUUUGAGGGUGGGGAGGUGAAGCUUAAGAGGCGUGGGUCUAGGGAUCGGACGGCGGGAGGGAGCUCGGCGGUGGACGGUGCGGUUAAGGGCUUUCGACGCACUAGGUCAAAUACCAGUGAAAAGUGAGAGUGAUCAUAAUUCUAGGUCUAAUUCAAGAGUUGUGAAACGUACUUGUGUUGGUUCAACACUUCAACUACGUACAUGUCAAUGGAAAAACGAAGGAGGCUCGUAUCAAAUAUUAUUUUCUCAAAAUCUCUCUUCAGAUUUCUUCUGUUACAUUAGCUGCUAGAAUUUCGACUUGCAAUUCUAUUUCAUUUGUUGUAUAUAUCAAACCUUCAUCUACUCGCGGAUGAUCGACCUUUCGUGUUGAGUAUUGCACGCUUGCGUCAUUAAUGUCAUUUAGGUUUCCCCAUCC